AGGAGUCUCGUAGGCACGCCGACUGAGAGCGCGCGUGCGGAUCACGCGGCUCGUGGCGCGUCGCGUGGUACCGGAGCCGGCGGAGUGGCCGCACGUAGCGGCGCCCGGCAUGGGGCGGCGGUAACGGCGCGGAUGUGCGCGCGCUCCGAAGCUGUCGAACUCGAGGUGCUGGGCGCGGAGGGCAGCGAAGCUCGGGUGCCGCCGCGUCCGCUGCGCCUCUCUCUCCUCGAGUUGCUCGGCAAGCUGGUACGUCGCGAUCAGCCCGCGCCGUCGCACCGCCGCGCCAAACACAAUCAUCGCUUUCGCACCUUCGUUUCAUGCGAAAAUGAACGAAGAAUCAAAGCGAAUAACAGGGAAUAUAACGCGCAGUUUCGUUAUGCCAAUAACUACAUCAAGACUUCGAAGUAUUCGAUUAUAACGUUCCUGCCGCUGAACUUGUUAGAACAGUUUCAGCGGCUAGCGAACUUUUAUUUCUUGUGCCUGUUGGUCCUUCAACUGAUCCCGGCUAUCUCCUCGCUGACGCCGAUAACCACAGCGAUACCUCUUAUUGGUGUGCUAGCCCUCACUGCCGUCAAGGACGCUUACGACGAUUUCCAACGUCAUCAAAACGAUUCGCAAGUGAAUCACAGGCGAGCCAAGACCUUGCGUAAUGGCAAGCUUGUGGAGGAGAAAUGGGCGUCUGUUCAGGUGGGAGAUGUCAUCAGGUUGGAGAACGACCAGUUCGUCGCGGCCGACAUCCUACUUCUCAGCAGCUCGGAACCUAACGGACUUUGUUACAUAGAAACCGCCGAGCUUGAUGGGGAGACGAAUUUGAAAUGUCGUCAGUGCCUUUUGGAGACGGCCGCAAUGGGCCAAGACGACGCACAACUGGGCGCGUUCGAUGGUGAAAUUGUUUGCGAAACGCCCAACAAUCUACUUAAUAAGUUUGAAGGUACGUUAAGUUGGCGUAACCAACACUUUUCACUCGACAACGAUAAGAUUCUGUUGCGCGGAUGCGUGCUCCGCAACACGUCGUGGUGCUACGGCGUCGUUGUCUUUGCCGGGAAGGACACUAAACUAAUGCAGAACUCCGGCAAGACGAAGUUCAAGCGCACCAGCAUAGACAGACUACUUAAUUUUCUUAUCAUAGGGAUAGUAUUCUUUCUGCUGUCUAUGUGCGUGUUCUGCACGGUGGCGUGCGGGGUGUGGGAGUGGCUGGUGGGGCGCUACUUCCAGGUGUACCUGCCUUGGGACACGCUGGUGCCGGCCGACCCCACGUGGGGCGCUGUCAUCAUCGCCCUGCUCGUGUUCUUCUCUUACGCCAUCGUGAUGAACACUGUCGUGCCUAUAUCGCUUUAUGUUUCUGUUGAAGUUAUAAGAUUUGCCCAGAGUUUUCUUAUUAAUUGGGAUGAAAAAAUGUACUAUGAAAAAACUGGUACCGCAGCCAAAGCGCGGACCACCACACUUAACGAAGAACUAGGGCAAAUCCAGUAUAUAUUUUCUGAUAAAACGGGAACUCUCACGCAAAACAUAAUGACGUUCAAUAAGUGUUCGAUAGCGGGCGUUUGCUACGGAGACGUCGUGGACGAGACCACCGGGGAGACUCUGGAGAUAAACGAGAGCUCGGAGCCUUUAGAUUUCUCGUUCAAUCCUGAAUACGAGCCGGAGUUUAAGUUCUUCGAUCCGACGCUACUAGACGCGGUGAAGCGCGGGGAUUCACACGUUCACGACUUCUUUCGUCUCUUGGCGCUUUGUCACACGGUCAUGCCGGACCAGAAGAAUGGACGGCUCGAAUACCAGGCCCAAUCGCCAGACGAGUCGGCGCUGGUGUCCGCAGCAAGAAACUUCGGUUUUGUGUUUAGAGAACGUUCGCCUAAUAGUAUUACAAUAGAAGUAAUGGGUAACACAGAGGUGUAUGAAUUGUUAUGUAUAUUAGAUUUUAAUAAUGUUAGAAAAAGAAUGUCCGUGAUAUUGAGGAAGGAUGGUGAAAUUAGGUUAUAUACAAAAGGUGCUGAUAAUGUAAUAUAUGAAAGAUUAAAGGCAACUAAAGGAGAUGUUAAGUCUAAAACACAGGAACAUUUAAAUAAAUUCGCCGGGGAAGGUUUGAGGACACUGGCGCUGGCGUGGCGGCCGCUGGAGGAGCGCGGGUUCGCCGAGUGGAAGCGCCGCCACCACGCCGCUGCGCUCGCGCUGCACGACCGGGACGAGCAGCUCGACGCCAUCUACGAGGAGAUCGAGACCGACCUGCUACUGCUGGGCGUGACAGCCAUUGAAGAUAAACUACAAGAUGGAGUACCAGAAACAAUAGCGAAUCUCAGCAUGGCCGGUAUAAAGAUCUGGGUGUUAACAGGAGAUAAACAAGAAACCGCUAUAAACAUCGGGUACUCGUGUCAGUUGCUGACCGACGACAUGGCGGAGGUGUUCGUCGUCGACGGCGCGUCCUACGAUGACGUCAACAAGCAGCUGGCCAAGUGCAGGGAUUCGAUACGGGUCGUCAACACCUUCAUGCCGCACGGUCCCCGGUCGUCGGAUGCGAAGCGCGACGAGGAGCCUAACGGGGCGGUGUCGGGCCGCGGCGCCAACGUCAAGCUGAACGCGCCCGCCGUCUCCGUCGUCACGUUUAGGUGGGAACAUAACUCACUAGCGCACAGCAACGAGUACGUGUCUGGGGGCGCGCACACCUCUGAGCCUCACGAGCACGCCAACGACGACUCCAACGGGUUCGCCAUCGUCGUCAACGGGCACUCGCUAGUGCACUGUCUGCACCCUAAACUAGAGGAAAAAUUUUCAGAAGUAGUAUUACACUGUCGAUCUGUGAUCUGUUGUCGAGUGACUCCACUGCAAAAGGCGAUGGUGGUAGAAUUAAUAAAGAAAAGCAGAAAAGCCGUGACGCUGGCUAUAGGCGACGGAGCCAACGACGUGUCCAUGAUCAAAGCGGCCCACAUCGGCGUGGGCAUAUCAGGCCAAGAGGGCAUGCAGGCGGUGCUCGCGUCGGACUACUCCAUAGCCCAGUUCCGGUUCCUCCAGCGCCUAUUGCUGGUGCACGGGCGCUGGUCCUACUACCGGAUGUGUAAAUUCCUAAGAUAUUUCUUCUACAAAAACUUCGCAUUCACCGUCUGUCAUUUCUGGUUCGCGUUCUUCUGUGGAUUCAGUGCGCAGACGGUGUUCGACGAGAUGUUCAUCUCGGUGUACAACCUGUUCUACACGUCGCUGCCGGUGCUGGCGCUGGGCGUGUUCGAGCAGGACGUGUCGGACGCGACGUCGCUGCAGUUCCCGAAGCUGUACGCGCCGGGACACACCAGCCAGCUCUUCAACAAGACGGAGUUCAUCAAGUCCACGCUGCACGGCUGCUUCACCUCGCUCGUGCUCUUCCUCAUCCCUUACGGUACGUACAACGAUGGGCUGGCGGCGGACGGGCGGGUGCUGUCGGACCACAUGCUCCUGGGCAGCGUAGUGGCCACGAUACUGAUAAUAGAUAAUACAACUCAGAUUGCACUGGACACGACGUACUGGACCGUGUUCAACCACGUCACGAUCUGGGGCUCGCUCGUGUCGUACUUCGUGCUGGACUACUUCUACAACUACGCCAUCGGCGGCCCGUACGUCGGCUCGCUCACCGUGGCGCUCACGCAACCCACCUUCUGGUUCACGGCCGUAUUGACCAUGAUAAUCCUGAUGGUGCCGGUGGUGUCGUGGCGGCUGGCGAGCGCCCGAGCGCGCGGCACGCUGGCGGAGCGCCUGCGGCUGCGGCAGCGGUGGCGCGGCGCCGCCCCCGCCCCCCGCACUCCCUCCGCCCGCCGCGCGCGCCGCUCCGUGCGCUCCGGGUACGCCUUCGCGCACCAGGAGGGCUUCGGCCGUCUCAUCACGUCCGGCAAGAUCAUGCGCCGCAUCCCGCACGCCGACGCCGCCUUCUCCGCGCUCGCCUCGCUGCCCGGGAAGUUCCACGCGCGCCCCUCCUCGCCGCCACCAGAGCCCAAGGCGCCCACGCAGAACCUUGAUACAGUCGACCUGUGAACCGGUGGCCUGUGACCGCCAUCGACAACACUAUUUCGAUCGGUCGGAUACAGAAUAUCGUAGCCCGGCGCUGACACAAAGCUCCUCGAGUAUUAUUACCUUAAUUUAUUAUGUUUUAGUUAAGUUCUUUGACGUUUCGGAAGUUGAACGCCUCGGAACGAUGUUAUCGAAUGAUUGUGUUAUUUUGUACCGAUGUAAAUUACCUACGUGACCUGUACAAAGUGUAAAGCGAAGCUAUUGAAAUGUUGCGUUCUAACUGCAUGUGAAUAUUAUAUUGAACAUUUGCUUUGGAAUCGAUUUUUAAUAAAAUGAUAAUUCUUA